AUGAAGACUCGUAAAGUUCAGCUCGACUACGUUUUGGCGAGGAACAUUGCUCAGUCAGAUAUCCGAAAAUCUAGAGCUGUUUGGGACGUCGUGUUCGACUCUGACCACCGUCCAGUUCUUCUCAGCUUCAAGAUACGGUUCCAUAAGAGAAACCGAGGAAUUCCUCUUGAUCCGAAAAUUGACAUGGCAGAUCUGAAAGACGAAGAAUGCAGAACAAAACUCCGCCAACGUGUGUCUAUUCAUGUUGGAGUGCGGACCAGGAAGAAGCUUUGCGAUGCGGAUUCCUUCACAAACUGCAUCCAGGACUCUGUAAGUUAG